AUGAGGAAGUGCUUCGUCGCGCGGUCGUGCCUCAACUCCCCCGUUCAGGGCGGCCUCCUAAAGGGCGGCAGCCUGGAGGCCGUGUCCGUGCUCGCCCCGCGCUUGUUCGCACCUCUGUCCAGCUGGGCGUCGUCCUCCCGCCAGUGCCGGAGCUACGCGGUGACCGUGCCGCCCAGCGAAAAGUUCGCCCGGGCCAAGCGCAUCGAGACCUUCGGCGAGACCGUCUGGAGCGAGUUCACACCGCUGGCCCAGAAAUACCAGGCCGUGCAGCUCGGCCAGGGCUUCCCCGACUUUCCGGCGCCCGACUUUGUGUUGGCCGCGGCGCAGACGGCGAUCCACAACAACCUCAACCAGUACACGCGCAUGCAGGGACACCCCAGGCUGGUCAAGGCGCUGGCCAACACCUACAGUCCGCUCUUUGGCCGUGAGCUCGACCCCAUGAACGACAUCCUCGUGACGGUCGGGGCCACGGAGGGCAUCUUCGCGGUGAUCUCGGCCCUCGUCAAUCCGGGCGAGGAGGUGAUCAUGCUGGAACCCUUCUACGACGCCUACCCGACCGACACCAUCCUCAACGAGGGCGUGCCCGUCUACGUGCCCCUCCGGCCGCCCAAGGUUCCCAAGGGCACCAUCACCUCCGCCAACGAUUGGAAGUUGGACUUUGAUGAGCUGGAAAGCAAGAUCACGCCCAAGAGCAAGAUUCUGAUCUUCAACAACCCCACCAACAUCCCGGGCAAGGUGUGGACGAGGGAAGAGAUGGAGGAGGUGGCUCGGCUGGCGAAGAAGCACAACCUGAUCGUGCUGAGCGACGAGGUCUACGAGUGGAUGACUUAUGACGACGCCACGCACAUCCGCAUGGCCAGCCUGCCCGGCAUGUGGGAACGCACCAUCACCCUGGGAAGCGCCGGGAAGUCGUUCUCGGUGACGGGGUGGAAGGUCGGGUGGGCCAUCGCACCGCCGCACUUCACCACCGCUCUCGGGACCAUCCACCAGUUCGACUGCUUCACACACGGCACGCCCCUCCAGGAGGCCAUCGCCGUCGCCUUCGAACAAGCCGAGGAAAAGAACUAUUUUCCCGACCUGAAGCAGAUGUACUGGCGCAAGCGAGACAAGCUGGUGGCGACGCUGCGCGACUGCGGCCUCGCGCCGGUGGUGCCCAAGGGCUCCUACUUCGUCAUGGCCGACACGUCCUCCAUUCCGUCGUCCGUCUUCAUGGGCAAGGGCAAGGCCGAGCCGGGCAUCGGCGGCGACGGCCCCAAGGAAGAGACCCGCGACUACCAGUUCUGCCGCUGGCUCACACGCGAACUCGGCGUGGGCGCGAUUCCGCCGUCGGCGUUCUUCUCGAAGGAGAACGCGCACAUUGCGGAGAACUUUGUGCGGUUCACCUUCUGCAAGCGGGACGAGGUGCUCGACGCCGCGGCCACCAAGCUCCACAAGCUUCGCGACCUCUCCGCGCAAUAA